AUAUGACUUUCCCCGGGAAGGCGCUUUGGCGCGGGUUGUUCUGUUGUUGUGCUGCUGUCAUUCGGCUGCUGGGAAAAAGACUAGAAAAUAGCAGAAGCCAUGGCUCCGGUUGCAGACCCAGAUAAAGAUGUUGACGCGCCGGACGGAGGUGACGGGGACGACGCCUGUGGGCUGGCGAAGUCUCGCUCCAGACGAGAGAAGAGGGAGAAGGUGGGCAGGAAGUCUGCGCUGGAGCAGCUCAAGAAGGCCAAAAAAGGGGAAAAGAUCAAAUAUGAGGUCGAGAAGCUCACCAGCGUGUACGAGGAGCUGGACGAGGAGCAGUACUCCAAGAUGGUACGAGAGAGGCAGGAGGAUGACUGGAUCAUUGACGAUGACGGUACGGGAUACGUCGAAGACGGCCGAGAGAUCUUUGACGACGACUUGGACGACGAUGUUGUGGAGAGCAAAGGAAAGGCGGGGGCAAAGGGAGGAGAGUCAAAGAAAACGCUGAAGAAAUCUGCCGUAUCAAAGCCUAACACCAUCAAAAGCCUCUUCAUGAACAGCAACGUCAAGAGGCCCGCAGAGAAAGACGUGGAUCUCUCCAAAGACGACCUGUUAGGAGACAUCCUGCAGGACCUGCACAAUGAGAAACCGAGCGUUCUCUCUCCUCCGCCUGUGGUCGCCCUGAAGAAAAAGAAGCCAGCGGGAUCGACCAUGAACCCCUUCUCCAUCAAGCCUCAGAUGCCAAAGCAGGAGAGGUCCUCGCCUGCGGGCUUAAAACCCUCGGUGAUCCGACCGCCGCCUUCAGACCCCUCUCCCCGACCAUCAGCCCGCCCUGCUCCUCCCGCCGCCGCCGCCGAGGUUCCUAUAAGAAAACACGAGGUGGAGGAGCCCAAAGAGCCGGACGAGAACGACAGUCUGGCUUUCGAAGGGGUCGAUUUCGACGAGCCAAUGGAGGCUGAGCACCAGGACGAGACACCUGUAGCCAAAAACGAUGCCAAACUGGACCCCAAAGGAGGCUUGACACCGGCGGAAGUUAAAGUGGAGCCCCAGUGUGAACCUCAGGACCCGGUUCUCCUGGCCGACAGGGCGGGGAGCUCUUGGGGACAAGAGGAGAGCGGCGUCUGUGAAGCUGCUGCAGAGGUGCAGGUCGACGGCAGCAAGCUCCCCCUGGUGGAGGGCGCCGACGGGGAGCAGGUCUUCCGCUUCUAUUGGCUGGACGCGUUUGAAGACCCAUACACCCAACCAGGCGUGGUGUAUCUGUUCGGGAAAGUGUGGAUCGAGGCGGCGCAGUCUCACGUCAGCUGCUGCGUCACCGUGAGGAACAUCGAAAGAACCAUGUACCUCCUGCCUCGUGAAUUUAAAACCAACCCGAGGACCGGAGAGGUGUCGGACGCCCCCGUGGGGAUGAUGGACGUUUACCAGGAGUUCAACGAGCUCUCUGAAAAGUUUAAGAUCAUGAAGUUCAAAUCUAAGAAAGUGGAGAAGAACUACGCCUUCGAGAUCCCCGACGUGCCCACUCAGUGCGACUACUUGGAAGUCAGAUACUCGGCAGAGUUCCCCGCGUUGCCGUCGGACCUCAAAGGCACGACGUUUUCCCACGUUUUUGGGACAAACGCCUCCAGCUUGGAGCACUUCCUCCUCAGCAGGAAGAUCAAAGGCCCCUGCUGGUUGGACAUCAAGACCCCACAGCUGAUGAGCCAGCCGGUCAGCUGGUGCAAAGUGGAGGCUCUCGCUGCGAGAGGCGAGCUGGUGUCUGUGAUCAAAGACCUGCCUCCUCCUCCCAUAACCGUCAUGUCCAUCAGCCUCAAGACGGUGCAGAACCCCAAGACGCAUCACAACGAGAUUGUGUCCCUCGUCGCGCUUGUCCACUACCGCUUCCACAUGGAUAAAGCUCCUCCUCGGCCUCCCUAUCAGACUCAUUUCUGCGUGAUCAGCAAACCGUCCGACUGCAUCUUUCCCUACGACUUCAGAGAGGCUGUAAGGAAGAAGAACGGGAAGGUGGAGAUGGCCACGUCAGAGCGCACCCUGCUGGGCUUCUUCCUGGCCAAGAUGCACAAGAUCGACCCGGAUGUCUUGGUGGGUCAUGAUAUCUUUGGUUUUGAUCUGGAAGUUCUCCUGCAGAGGAUCCAAGUGUGCAAAGUCCCCCACUGGUCCAAGAUCGGGCGCCUCAGGAGGGCCAAUAUGCCCAAAUUAGGGGGCCGUGGAGCUUUCGCAGAGAAGAGCGCCACAUGCGGCCGUCUGGUGUGCGACGUGGAGAUCUCAGCCAAAGAGCUGAUUCGUUGUAAAAGUUAUCACCUGACGGAGCUCGCUGCUCAGGUGCUGAAGGUGGAGCGGGUCACGGUUCCUCAGGAGGACAUCAGGAACCUCUACAGCGACUCUCCUCACCUGCUCUACCUGUUGGAGCUGACGUGGACAGACGCUAAGCUGAUCCUCCAGAUCAUGUGUGAGCUCAAUGUUCUGCCCCUCGCCCUGCAGAUCACCAGCAUCGCAGGAAACGUCCUGUCUCGUACGCUCAUGGGCGGUCGCUCUGAGAGGAACGAGUUCCUGUUGCUACAUGCCUUCCAUGACAAAAACUACAUCGUCCCCGACAAGCCGUCCUUCAGAAAGGCCCAGCUGGAGGCUGCUGAGGGAGAGGAGGAUGUUGAUGGCGGGAAGGGUAAGAGAAGGAAGAAGGCAGCCUACGCUGGAGGUCUGGUGCUGGAUCCUAAAGUCGGUUUCUACGAUAAGUUUGUGCUGCUGCUCGACUUCAACAGCUUGUAUCCCUCGAUCAUCCAAGAGUUCAACAUUUGCUUCACCACCGUGCAGAGGCAGGCUCAGAGCUCCCGCAGGAAGACGGACGACGACGAGCCCGAGGAGAUUCCCGAGAUUCCAGAUCCCGACCUGGAAAUGGGAAUCCUGCCCAAAGAAAUCAGAAAGCUAGUGGAGCGGCGGAAACAGGUUAAGCAGCUCAUGAAGCAGCAGGACAUCAACCCGGAUCUCUACUUGCAGUAUGACAUUCGUCAGAAGGCCUUGAAGCUGACGGCUAACAGUAUGUACGGCUGUCUGGGAUUCAGCUUCAGCCGCUUCUACGCAAAGCCGCUCGCCGCUCUGGUCACCCUCAAGGGAAGAGAGAUUCUGAUGCACACCAAGGACAUGGUUCAGAAGAUGAACCUGGAAGUCAUUUAUGGAGACACCGACUCCAUCAUGAUCAACACCAACAGCAAAUCGCUCGAGGAAGUCUUCAAGCUGGGGAAUAAGAUUAAGGCGGAGGUCAACAAGCUCUAUAAGCUCCUAGAGAUAGACAUCGAUGGGGUCUUUAAGUCCCUUCUGCUGCUGAAGAAAAAGAAAUACGCCGCCCUGGUGGUGGAGCAGCAGGCCGAGGGACGAUACAGCGUGAAGCAGGAGCUCAAAGGCUUGGACAUCGUGCGCAGGGAUUGGUGCGACCUGGCCAAGGAGUGCGGGAACUACGUGAUUGGUCAGAUCCUGUCCGACCAGAGUCGUGACGUCAUUGUGGAUAAUAUCCAGAAGCAUCUGGUGGAGGUCGGGGAGAAGGUGGCGAAUGGAGACGUACCUCUUAACCAGUAUGAGAUACACAAGGCCCUAACGAAGGAUCCUCAGGACUACCCAGAUAAGAAGAGUCUCCCUCAUGUGCACGUUGCUCUGUGGAUAAACUCUCAGGGAGGUCGGCGUGUCAAAGCCGGCGACACAAUCUCAUACCUUAUUUGCAAGGACGGCUCCACGCUGGCACCCAGUCAGAGAGCCUACGCUCUGGAGCAGCUUCAGAAGCAGGAGGGUCUGAGUGUGGACACCCAGUACUACCUGGCCCAGCAGGUCCACCCUGUAGUUUCCCGCAUCUGUGACCCUAUUGACGGGAUCGAUGGUGUCCUCAUAGCCACGUGGCUUGGCCUGGACCCAGGUCAGUUCAGGUCCCAGCAGCAGUAUCAGAGGGAGGAGGAGGCCCACGGCACGCUGGGGGUUCCGGUCCAGCUGAACGACGAGGAGCGCUACAAAGACUGUGAGAGGUUUACCUUCACCUGUCCUGAUUGUGGCACGGAUAACAUCUACGACAGCGUCUUCGAAGGAGCGGGAGAAAAGAUGGAGCCCAGUUUGUGGCAUUGCUGUCACAUUCCCUGUAACGCCCAUCCCAUCGACCACGUUGUCAGCAUAAGCAACAAGCUGCAGCUCGACAUCCGUCGCCACAUCAAAAAAUACUAUGCUGGCUGGUUGGUGUGCGAGGACCAGGCCUGUCAGAACCGGACCAGGCGCCUGCCCAUCGCCUUCUCCCGGCACGGACCCAUCUGCCCCGCCUGCAGCCGGGCUACGCUCAGACCUGAGUACUCCGAGAAGGCCCUGUACACGCAGCUCUGCUUCUACAGACACAUCUUUGACUGGGACUACGCCAUGGCCAAGGCUUCACAGCAUGAUGAUAAAAACCAUGUUAAGAAAACCGACAGCAGACAGGAGGCGUAUCGGAAGCUGAAGCAAGUCCCAGACAAAGCUUUGGCCUCCAGUGGCUACUCUGAGGUUAACCUGGCCAAACUUUUCCAAGGAUUCUCCUUGCACAAGUGACAACGAUCUGCAAGGACGACACAUCCAAGAGCCUCAGACAUUUAAAUCUGCCUUCGGUUUGUAGAUAAUGGCAGGAUCGGUGAACCUCAGAUCAUCUUUUUUUUUUUUUUUUUUUUUUUCCACUCUGAUGGACUUGUUGUAGUCCUUAAAACACCAAUCACACCUCUCCUUUCUCCAGUUUCCCCCCUCUCUCUCUCUCUCUAUCUGACACACACACACACACACACACACACACACACACACACACACACAUUCACUCAGUCCUGACUUGACCCCAUCACCCUUACUCUGUAUGGUAAAGGGGUGCAGCAAUCAUACCUAAAUGACAGUCUAUUGUAUGUGCAGAAGCUAGCUGUGCCCAGAUGUGUGUAUGUGUAUGUGUGUGUGUGUAAAAAUGGCUUCCCCUUAGAACAGCUGGUGUACUCCGGGAGCAGCUAAUUAGCCAAUGAUAGUGACCCAGAGCCACUGAGACCACAGGAUGCCCGCGGCGAUCGGACACUUGCUCUGAUUACCGCCAUUCAUGCUGCGUGUGAGUGUUAGGAGUGCGCGUCGGAUCAGGGCGAUGAAAGAAAGGGCUGAGGACGAUACGGGGAGUGACGGGGUGAGGAAGGCCACACGCGCCGCUCCUUGGCUCCUUUUGUCCCGCUAUCGAACAUCUGAUCCGCUUCUCCUUCACUGCCUCCGUUUUAACUCACGCCAGCUCAUCCCUUUCGUUCUUUUCCGACCCUCCCUAAUGUGGAAGGAUUGUGUUUUAAUACAUUUUCUAGGGGACUGUAGCUUUUUCACAGUGAGUCUUGUGCCCAGUUUACGGCACGUGUGUUUUGAUAUUAAUGUUUUUAUAACAGCAAACCUCAAUAAAGAACUAAAUCAGUAAAAA